GUCAGAACCGCCUUUUAAAGAGGAACUUGAAGGACUAAAAGAGAAACGCAGGAGAAAAGCAGGAGAAAAGCAGGAGAAAACGGAUUUCCAACAUGAGUCUCUCUGCAGAACCAGACACAAAAUCAGACAAGAGUCUGAUGGAGAAGAGAUCAGACUCACCAGAUCCCAGCUGUGUGUCCAUGAAGAGUGACCAGUCGAUGAAUCGUCCACUUCACUUUAAAAGCAGUUCUACUGAUCCGAGACUCUUUCAGAGAAAGAGAGCAGGCUCAUCAGAAUCCAGCUGUGUCUCCAUGAAGAGUGAACAGUCAAUGAAUCAUCCACCAAUCAUACAAUUAAAAAAUGAACAGGAAAAAAAACAAGAAGUGUCUACUGAUUCAAGAUUUCAAAAGAAGAAAUUCAAAAGUAGCAGCAAAACAGAACAAGAUAAUCAGCCAAGCAGCACACUGCAAACCGAGGAACACCGUGUCUCUUUGUGUCACACAAUCCUCAAAUCCAACCUGACUGAAAAGUUUAAAAGAGUUAAUGAAGGAAUCUCACAGCAUGGAAGUUCAGCACUUCUGAAUGAGAUCUACACAGAGCUCUACAUCACAGAGGGUUGGAGUGGAGACGUCAAUAAUGAACAUGAGGUGAGACAGAUUGAGACACUGUCCAGGAGACCAGCAACACAGGAGAAACCCAUCAAAUGUAAUGAUCUCUUUAAAGACAAGUCCAUCAGAAGUGUGCUGACUAAAGGAGUUGCUGGAAUUGGAAAAACAGUCUCUGUGCAGAAGUUCAUUCUGGACUGGGCUGAAGGAAAAGCAAAUCAGGACGUCACCUUCAUGUUUCCACUUCCCUUUAGAGAGCUGAACCUGAUGAAGCAGAAACAUCUCAGUCUGAUGGAUCUUUUUCAUCACUUUUUCCCAGAAAUGAGAAAACUAGAAUUAAUAGACUGUGAGAGGAAUAAAGUGGUGUUGAUCUUUGAUGGUCUGGAUGAGUGUCAACUUCCUCUAAAUUUCCAGGACAAUGAUAGAUUGAGUGAUGUAACAGAAUCAGCCUCAGUGGAUGUGCUGCUGACGAACCUCAUCAAGGGAUCUGCUUCCUCUGCCCACCUCUGGAUCACCUCUCGACCAGGAGCAGCCAAUCAGAUCCCUCCUGAGUGUGUAGACCAGGUAACAGAGGUACGAGGGUUCAGUGAUCCUCAGAAAGAGGAGUACUUCAGGAAGAGGAUACGUGAUCAGAGCCUGGCCAAUAAAAUCAUCACACACAUGAAGUCUUCAAGAAGCCUCCACAUCAUGUGCCACAUCCCAGUCUUCUGCUGGAUCUCAGCCACUGUUCUAGAGAGAAUGUUGGGUGAAGCAGAGAGUGGAGAAAUCCCCAAGACUCUGACUCAAAUGUUCACACACUUCCUGAUCUUUCAGAUCAAACACAAGGACCAAAAGUACCAUCAGAAAUGUGACCCUGAUCCUCAGCAGACCAGAGAUAGCAUCAUGGCACUGGGAAAACUGGCCUUCCAACAGCUGGAGAAAGGAAACCUGAUGUUCUAUGAAGAAGACCUGAAAGAGUGUGGCAUUAAUGUGAGAGAAGCUUCAGUGUACUCAGGAGUGUGUACUCAGAUCUUCAGAGAGGAGUUUGGGCUUCACCUGGGGAAGGUGUUCAGCUUUGUACAUCUGAGUGUUCAGGAGUUUCUGGCUGCUUUAUAUGCAUUUCUCUCCUUCAUCAGCAGAAAUGUAGCACAACAACAAACCACUGAUCUGUCUGAUCUUUUCACCAAAUCAAACAUGUCUGAGUUCCUCAGGAGUGCAGUGGAGAAGACCUUACAGAGUGAGAAUGGACACCUGGACCUGUUCCUCCGCUUCCUUCUGGGUCUCUCACUGGAGUCCAAUCAGACUCUCUUACGAGGUUUAAUGCCACAGACAGGAAGUAGCUCUCACAGCAAACAGGAAACGGUGGACUACAUUAAAGAGAAGAUAAUCAAGAAUCCAUCUCCAGAGAAAUCCAUCAAUCUGUUCCACUGUCUGAAUGAACUGAAUGAUGUUUCUCUGGUGCAGGAAGUGCAAACUUAUGUAAACAGAGGAGGUUACAGUUGUCUCAGUAGACCCAGACUCUCUCCUGCUCAGUGGUCUGCUUUGGUGUUUGUGUUACUGAACUCAGAACAGGAGCUGGACGAGUUUAAUUUGAGGAAAUAUGAUCCAUCAGAGGAAUGUCUUCUGAAGCUGCUGCCGGUGGUCAAAGCCUCCAGAAAAGCUUAG